AUGAAUUCUUCUGGGGGAUCAAGUUCGCAGAAUGCGCCUACUCCAGAACAAUGUCAAGCGCAAUUCGAACUCGGCAUAACACUCGCCCUCUACAACUGGCCAUCUCUCUCCCUCGCCGUAACCAAUAACUGGGGUGGACCAGACAGCGAUGAAAAGCGGCAAUGGUUCGUCGGCGCCACGAUCGACGUGCUGAACGAAAACCCCGAAGAGGACGGCGAAUGGAUCGAGACAUUCCUGCUACAGGUCAUGCUGGAUGAGUUUGAGGUUAAUGUCGAUGAUGAGAGUGGGUAUGAGGUUGCGGAGCAUAUUGUGAAGUUCAGAAGGGACUGCGCGAAGGGUGACUUCACGGAGGUGCAGGAGUUGAGGAGGAAGUGGGAGAGUAAAGGGGGAAAGAGUGCGGAUUUGGGGAAGAUGUUUGAGAAGAGAGAAAGAGCCGAGGAGGAUGAUGAGACAGAUGGAUCGGAGGAUGAGGAUGAGGAUGUGGAUAUGGAUGAGGCGCCGCCAUUGGUGAGGGUUAGGGAACCCGUUGUGGCGGAGGUUGAUGAGGACGGAUUUACAAAGGUCACGAAGAAAAAGCGAUGA